CGGAUCAAUGGAACUGCGUUGAGUAACGAGGUGAAGUUUCCCGUUUUUGCCUUGGUCUGAGAGCAAUCAGCAGCCAGCGUCUCCUCACGCUGCUGUGCUUGCACUGUGCAGUAAGCGUCCUCCUCUACGGACUAUUAGUGCAGCGAUCACUAGUGCUCUUCUAGUAUUAGAAUACACAAGAUACACAAGGUUUGGAGUGGACACAGGUGAGUGCUUAGCUUCUGGACUGUCUUUGCCCUUCAAAAGCGGGGGGGGGGCGGGGGGGGGAGGGGGAAGUGAACCAUAGAGCAGGCAGCAGGUGCCCUCGCCAUGGUGUUGCCACCCCCAGACAAACGCCACGUGUGCCUGACCACCAUCGUCAUCAUGACCAGCAUGGCCUUCAUGGACGCCUACCUGGUGGAGCAGAACCAGGGUCCCAGGAAGAUCGGCGUGUGCAUCAUAGUGCUGGUGGGGGACGUGUGCUUCCUCAUCGUGCUGCGAUACGUGGCGGUGUGGGUGGGCGCCGAGGUGCGCACCGCCCGCCGAGGGUACGCAAUGAUACUUUGGUUUCUGUACAUCUUUGUCCUGGAGAUUAAGCUCUACUUUGUCUUCCAGAAUUGCAAGGCAGACAAGAAGAGUUUAGAGACGGUGGCGAGGAAGGCUUUGACGUUGUUGCUCUCUGUGUGCGUGCCGGGCUUGUACUUGGUGCUGGUGGCUUUGGACAGUAUGGAGUACGUGAGGACUUUCCGGAAGAAGGAAGACAUGAGGAGUCGUCUCUUCUGGGUGGCUCUGGACCUGCUGGACCUGCUGGAUAUCCAAGCCAACCUGUGGGAGCCCCAGCGGACGGGCCUGCCCAUCUGGGCCGAGGGCCUGAUGUUCUUCUACUGCUACAUUCUGCUGCUCAUCCUGCCCUGCGUGUCGCUCAGUGAAAUCAGCAUGCAGGGGGAGCACAUGUCGCCGCAGAAGAUGAUGCUGUACCCGGUUCUGAGCCUGGUCACCAUAAACGUGGUGACCAUCCUCAUACGAGGCGUCAACAUGGUGCUGUUUCAGGACAGCCGCGUCUCCACCAUAUUUGUCGGGAAGAACGUGGUCGCGAUCGCCACCAAGGCGUCCACCUUCCUGGAGUACCGCAGGCAGGUGAAGGAGUUCCCGCACCCGCAGAACGCCAUGGCGCUGGAGCUGCAGCAGAACAGCCACGCGCAGCCGCUGCCCAACGCCAACACCAGCUUGCCACACGAACCUUCGCCGGUGCAGGACGUCGUCGACACAUGACCGCCAGCGGCGGACUGGGCGCUUUUUAUGAAAGCUGCGGAACUGGAGGUAGAAUGGAGAGAAAUCAGCUGCAUGACAGGACGAUAUUCUGCACUUGUCAAGCCCACACGAACUGCUGUGAAACCACAAAAGAGAUUUUCAGCAUCACCUGCCUGUCAGAACAUACUGUAAACCUACACUUGACUUGAGUGCAGCGUGCAGACUUUGAAAACAAAGUCAGAGGUUUUUAUCGUGCCGUUGUGUUUUUAAUUGUUUCAAAAGUUCACUCUUUUAUUAGAGGCAAUCUCCACAGUGCAAAGCCCGGUGACAUUAUGUUGUGUAAAACGGACAGUUAGUCCCCUCCAUGGUGAGCAUUGGUUUUAGUUUUUAGCUUUUUUUUAAAGGUUACUUUAUCCAACAGUGCAUCUGUGGCAUUUCCGUUGAAGGACGGCACCACUCAACGCGGAGCGCUGAUGGAGAGGAAACGCAGAGAGUGACACGGGUCCGGCAUGGGUCCGGCAUGGGUCCGUGCAGCAAGGCUGGUGACGGACGAAUGCUUUUGCGUUUGGCAGCAGAGCUCAGCACCAUACCUCCCACUGCAGGCAUCUGGGUGUGCGUUUCAUUGUGCGAGCACACACGUUUGUGUUCACCAAAGGGAGGUUUGGGUUGUUCCAGAUCGCUUUGGAAGAGAUGUGAGGGGUAUGUGGGAAAUGUGACAAAAUAUGUAGUGAUGUCAGAAAAAUAUAAUUAAUUGGAAGAUAUGUUAUUGUUUUCUGUAUUGUACAUUCCUCUAAAACUAGCUGAUGCCUCGAAGUCAGAGAACCCCUCGCUGAAGAAUUGACAAAAAGAAAAAGCAGAAAUACACACAAAAAGAAAAUACUUUUCUGAUGUAUGUUCACUUUAUUAUCGUUAUGUUUAUUACUAUUAUUAUCAUCAUUAUUAUGUACACUCUUUACUUGUUGGAGACCAAUGAUGUUUUAAUAAACGUAUGUAUAAAAGAAUAAUAAUGAGAGCUUGGGGUUUUUUUCUGUUACUUUAGGUUCACACGGUUCUCUCUCAAUACAACAGCAAGCAACCGUUUACUAUGUAAUGUCUCCUUGAGUAGAGAAGGAGUUCCCUUCCCCUCUCUGUGUUGUGAUCAGAGCGUCUCUACUUUGUUGACCCUAAACAUGUGAUGAAAAUGUAUAAACCCUUUUCUUUAAUGAGUUCUGCCUUUUUCUUCCCGAGCCAUCUUUAAUGUCCCGUUUGCUUUGGUGUUCCAUGAAGGCUCCUUUUCUCCGCACUGACACAAUAUACGUUUUCGCAAAUUGACCAGCCUGUGCAUUGCCUCUAUGUUUCCACAUAGAGUUAUUAGAGUUAUUGUGGGAGAUG